UCAUUGAGAAAGAGAGAAGAACCACCUUGCGCAUGAUGCGCCUUGAGUGGGAUAGAGUUAGGUUAUUUUCUCCGAGAGAUGAGUAUUGUGGAGAAAAUGGCAAUUUAUAGAAAGGAGUAGCACUGUAUCGCAUUCUGAAAAGGACACAUUCGAGGGAGGAGAAGUAAAUUUCUGAGGACAAGAGAGAGAGAGAGAGAAAGGAACUGCUGUAGGGGGACGAAAUGAACUGAGGAGAACGGAAGAAGGAUGGUGGUAAUGCGAAAGAAGAUAUGGCCGCGGACUGCCGGCGAUCUGGCGUCGAUGGCCUUCGUAUUAAUCAUAGUGCCAUUGGUAUACUGGUUCGGAUUGUGGAUAGUGUUAUCGGAAUUGUACAAGGACAAGGGCUUGCAGUAUACACUGCACUUUGUUCUCGGAACUUUCAUCAUGCUGAAUAUCGUAGGUAAUUUCACGUACACGGUGCUGUGUGACACCAGUACCGUUAGAAACGUGAUAUCGAUAGGCACAGCAAAAACUGAAAACGGAUGGUGGCUGUGCACGGUCUGCGAAUCUGUGUCGCCACCGCGAUCAUGGCACUGUCACACCUGCGACACCUGCAUCCUCAAGCGCAAUCACCAUUGCGUAUUCGUUGGCUACUGCAUAGGUUUCUACAAUCACCGUUACUUCGUCAUGUUUCUGUGGUAUCUGUUCCUUGGCGCGGCGUACGCCUUCUGCUAUGGCAGCUUCUUCAUCUGGAAUAGAGUACCUUUCGAGCUCUCAACAAUCAUCAGGAUGGUUUUCCCUAUGAUGAUCUUCUUCUUCGGUAUCGACAUGUCCAUCGAUCAGUUCUAUUUGGUACUGUACGUCGUGUCGUUCGUGGGUACUUUAUAUACGGGUGUGUUGUGCAUCUAUCAUUUUAAUUUGAUACUCAGGGGUGUUGUAAGUAAUGAGAGUAACAAGAGAAACUAUACAUAUGACAUGGGUUGGAAGGAUAACAUUAAAGAUGUAUUUGGAGAACGGUGGUAUCUGACAUGGUUUCUUCCUUAUAUAAAAUCACAGCUACCUCAUGAUGGAACCUCAUGGUGUAGCGUGUGUUUAAAAGAUGAUUAAAUUACACUUUAAUCACAUAAUUCUCAUGAAGUUAUCUCAGCAAAAUGUUUCAAAGCAUUAAUUUGUUCAUAUCGAUACAAAUCAGUAUUGUUUUCAUGACUAAAAUUGUCAAGAAAUUCAUUCAACUUUUGGGAGGGCUAUGUUUUUGCAAUCAGACAAUGUCAAUUAAAGCUGUUAAAAAUUCCACUGCAUUUUAAGGCUUAUUAUACACACAUAUACCAUAUGUAUGUAUACAUGCUAAUGUAUAUUCUCUUUUUGUAGAUAUUACAUAUAUGAUGUAACUAUAUGAUAGGUGAUACAGUUGUACAUCUGAUAAAUUAUUAAAAUCUAUCUAUUAUAAUCAUGUGAUCCUUUAGAUUUAUGUGUAAAAUUCACUUAUGAAUUAGUAUUCCAAUUUUUAGAUCGAUAUAUGUACAACAAAGAAAAUCUUUCAAUUUCAUCUAAACAUUUUAACACGGCUGUGUAAAUGUAGAAAAUCUUCGACGUUAAUUAUAUCUUACACAAUACAUCUAUUCUCAUAUCAUUUUUAAAUAUGCGAAAUUAUAUUUAAUUGUACAUAUUAUAUUUUACGUCGGAAAACUGUACAUAAAAAAAACUAUAGUCUAUAAUAUGCGUGAUACAUAGCAAAGAAUUUCUCUCAAGAAUCUACAUACAGAGAUUAAAUCCAAACUACAGAUUAAUUCGCAAAAGAUUAACUUUCAAUCAGAUUAUAGAUAUAUAGACAAUCGUGUUUCUUAUGCAACAUUUAAAUAUUUAAGCAGAAUUGUACACUGGUUGGAUAGACUAGUUUAUACAAUAUUUCGUUCGUCUAAUUUAUUAUACGUCAACAGUU